AUGGAUAACCAGGACUCAAGUACGAAUAAUCGGCUAAAGAGAAAGCAAAUGAUGCUGCAAAAAAGGCGAGUUGUUGGAAGAUCUAUUAGUCCCAGCAAAGCCUCAUCUUCCAAUACAUUUAAUCAAAGUAAUUGUAAACUUCUAGAGCCAACUCAACAACAUCCUCAAACCAUACCACUUAGAUCAGAAGAAUCUACAAAUAACACUCAUCUUCUUCUCAAUUUUGGUUUCCCAGAGUAUACUUGCAACUUUUGUGGCGCAAUCUUCUGGUUUGCAGAACGACUAAAAUCUUAUGGAUCUCAAAACCCAAUUUUCUCACAGUGUUGUAGGGUGGGUCGUAUUAAGCUUCCUAAACCUAGAGAAAUUCCAUCCCCCCUAAAAGAACUAAUGGAUUACAGAGGUUCUUCAUCUUCAAAGCUUUUCCGUGACAAUUUAAGGACAUACAACUCUAUCUUCGCCUUUACAUCAAUGGGUGCAAAAAUUGAUAGAGAUAUCAACAAGCAUCCAGGCCCAUAUGUUUUCAAGAUCAAUGGGCAAAAUCAUCACCUAAUAGGAUCUCUCCUUCCAAUGGAAGGAAAAACACCAAAUUUUGCCCAGCUAUACAUAUAUGACACAGAUAAUGAAGUUGCUAAUAGGAUGUCUACCUUUACAAACACUGGAAGCCCAAAAAAAAUUGAUGAGGCAGUUGUGGCUCAGUUAAUUGCAAUGUUUGAUAGAGUUAAUGAGCUGGUGAAGGUAUUUCGCAUGGCAAGAGAUAGGUUUACAAGUGGUGAAACACAUUCUCUUUCUUUAACACUGUGUGGGAAACGUAUUGGAGAUGGAUCACAGUAUAACACACCUACUGCUUCUGAAAUGGCUGGUUUAAUCGUUGGAGAUUUGGGUCAGGCAAGUCAAGCACGAGACAUAAUUGUGGAAUAUCAGACUAAAAUGCUCAAACAAAUAGAUGAUCUACACCCAUCAUUCAUGGCAAUGCAAUACCCGAUUUUAUUUCCCUACGGUGAAGAUGGAUUCAGGCUUAAGAUCCCUUACCAGAAACAACCAAAUCAACCAGAAUUGAAACGAGGAACAGUGACACGGAGAGAAUACUAUGCGUAUAUGUUACAACAAAGGAAAAACUCUCCUCAGUUAUUAAUUAGCGGUGGCAGAUUGUUCCAGCAAUAUAUAGUCGAUGCAUUUACAUGCAUUGAGGAUGAGAGGCUACGUUAUAUUAGAUUUAAACAUCAACAAGAACAUCAUAGGUGUGAAUUGUAUAAAGGAGUUCAGGAUGCAUUUCUUCGUGGUGAUGUAGCCUCAAGUUCAAUAGGCCAACGAGUAAUAUUGCCUUCAAGUUUUACUGGAGGACCAAGAUAUAUGAUUCAAAACUAUCACGAUGCAAUGGCAAUUUGCCGAACUAGGGGUAAUCCAGAUUUGUUCAUCACUUUCACAUGUAAUGUAAACUGGAUAGAAAUUCAGAAUGCUCUAAGUUUAAUCCCUGGACAAAAAGCACAGGAUAGACCAGACAUAGUCUCCCGGGUUUUUAACAUGAAACUUACAGAAUUUAUGAACGACAUAAGGAAGAACAAUUAUUUUGGCAGAGUCGUCGCUGCUAUUUACACAGUUGAAUUCCAAAAAAGAGGACUUCCUCAUGUGCAUAUUAUAGUCUGGUUGAAUCAACAAGACAAGUGCCCAACUGUAAACGAUAUCAACAAGAUAAUAUCUGCUGAAAUACCAGAUAAAGAGACAGACCAAGAGUUAUACAAUGUUGUGUCAAAGUUUAUGAUCCAUGGCCCAUGUGGAGAAGCAAAUUCCCAGGCUCCUUGUAUUAAAGAGGGUAAGUGCAUGAAACAUUUUCCUAAGAAAUACAGCCCUGAAACAAUAAUAGCAGAGGAUGGAUUUAUCGUUUAUAAAAGACGAGAUGAUGAUAAAGUUGUAGUUAAAGUUGGGGUUGAACUUGACAAUAGAUUUGUGGUUCCAUAUAACAGAGGACUGCUCUUGAAGUACCAAGCACAUAUAAAUGUCGAAUGGUGUAAUCGUUCUAGGUCAAUCAAAUAUUUAUUCAAAUAUGUUAACAAAGGACCUGAUAGAACUAGAGCUGUGUUAAGGGACUCACAAGAACCUAAUUCUGAGAUAGUUGACGAGAUACGAAAUUAUGUGGAUUGUAGGUAUCUUACUGCAUACGAGUCAUCUUGGAGAAUUUUUGAAUAUCAUAUCCACUAUAAAUUCCCUACUGUUGAAAGACUGACAAUUCAUAUGCCACUGAUGAAUAACAUAGUAUUUCCAGGAGAUAAAGAAAUUGAGGAACUUUUGAACCAGCCUGGGAUAGAGAAAACAAUGUUGACUGAAUGGAUGUUUACAAAUUUCAUGUUUGAAGAUGCAAGAGGACUUACAUAUACUGAAUUUCCAACAUAUUGGAGAUGGGAUGGAGCAAAAAAAUUAUGGUUUAGGAGAAAACAAGGUCAAUGUAUUGGGCGGAUAUCAUAUAUUCAUCCAGCUUCUGGAGAUCUUUACUAUUUGCGUAUGUUACUCAGCCAAGUUAAAGGAGCACUCAAUUUCACUGAUAUUAGAACUGUCAAAGGGGUUGUACAUCAAACAUUUAAAGAAGCAUGUAAUGCAAUGGGCUUGAUAGGGGAUGAUAGAGAAUGGCACGACGCAAUGGAUGAAGCUUCACAAUGGGCAACCUCAAAGGAGCUUAGGCAAUUGUUUGUCACAUUAAUAAUAUUCUGCGAAGUGACGAAUGUCAAUCAUUUGUUUCAAACACAGCUGUCUAAUUUAAGGGAUGAUAUCAUUUACAAAGCUCAACAAAGGCUUGGGAUGAGCGACAUCAAUUUAACAGAGGAACAAACAAGAAAUCAGGUGUUAAUUGAGCUGCAAAUUUUGUUCCAAAGAAAUGGUACGUGCCUCACUGACUUUAAGUUACCAACACCUACUGGAGGACAAGUAGAUGACUAUAACAAUACAUUGCUAAGGGAAGAGAUGAGUUACAACACAAUUGAACUGCAGGAUCAAAAUCAUUCUCUUGCGCAGCAGUUAAAUGAUGAACAAAAAAUUGUCUACGAGGCAAUAUUGACAUCGGUUUAUCAACAUAGUGGAGGUUUAUUCUUUGUUUAUGGACAUGGCGGAACAGGAAAAACUUUUUUAUAUAACGCAAUAAUAUCUCGCUUAAGAUCAGAGGGAAAAAUUGUAUUGGCGGUUGCAUCUUCUGGAAUAGCAUCUUUGCUCUUGCCUGGAGGCCGCACAGCUCACUCGAGAUUCAAAAUACCAAUUGAUGUCCAUGAACAAUCAUGCUGCCACAUAAAGAAAGGCACACAGCUUGCACAACUGCUACAAAUUACAAGCCUCAUUGUAUGGGACGAAGCACCCAUGGCACAUCGAAAUUGCUUCGAGGCACUCGAUAGGUCCCUAAAUGAUAUUCUUUCACAGAAUGAGGAUGUUCAUCUAGAUACAGCCCUAACUUUUGGUGGGAAAACAGUUUUACUAGGUGGAGACUUUAGACAGAUAUUGCCAGUGGUUGUAAAAGGUUCGAGGCACGAUACCAUACAGUCUUGCAUUGCAAAAUCAGCCCUAUGGAACCACUGCAAAAUAUUCCAACUGAAAACUAAUAUGAGGUUAUCUAUAAUUGGUUUGACAGAAGAAGAAAAAUCACAGAUGAACAACUUUGCAAGGUGGCUAUUAGAUAUUGGUGAGGGUAAAGUUGAAGCUAAAAGACUCAAUGAUGAAGAAGAAUACGCAAGUUGGAUAAAAAUACCUGAUUCAAUGCUUAUACUUUCUGAAAAAGGAGAUGUUGAAGAUAUAACCUCAGAGAUAUAUGAUAAAUUAGACAUGUUCUACAAGGAAGCAAAAUACCUGAAAGAAAGAGCAAUUCUCACAGCAACUAAUGAGGCAGUUGAUGUCAUUAACACAAAAGUUUUAUCUCUUAUUCCUUCUGAAGAAAAAAAUUACCUUAGUUUUGAUUCAAUUAGCAAAGAAGCUGGUGCUUCAUCUGAAGAUGAUAUUCUAUAUCCCACGGAGUUCCUAAACUCCUUAUCGUUCCCUGGAGUUCCAAAUCAUCAACUUUCCCUCAAAAUAAAUACCCCAGUUAUGUUGCUGCGAAAUAUAAACCAGAGCAUGGGAUUAUGUAAUGGGACCAGGUUAAUGAUCAAAAGAUUGGGAGACAGGAUCAUUGAGGCUGUUAUCAUGACAGGGAGUAACAUUGGUGAUAAAGUCUACAUACCAAGAAUUAUAAUGUCAGCAACCGACAAAAAAUGGCCCUUCACACUGAAAAGAAGACAAUUCCCAAUAAGAUUGUGUUAUGCAAUGACAAUAAACAAAAGUCAAGGACAAACUCUUGAGAAGGUGGGUUUAUAUCUUCCAAGACCCGUGUUCUCCCAUGGACAAUUGUAUGUGGCAGCAUCAAGGGUGACGACGUAUAAAGGACUUAAAGUAAUGUUGGGUUCUACCAAUGAAGACAACAAUGGAUACACAAAAAACAUUGUGUAUCACGAAAUCUUUCAUGAACUAUAA